AUGAAGUCCAUCAAGAGGAAGCAACCGUUUCUUGAUCUUCCGAUCAUCUUCCUCCUAAUCACCGCCGCCGCAUUCGUCCCUACUCCGGCGAAAUCGAUCCCUACUGACUCACUCGACUACAUCCUGUACUUCCUCCGCAGCCGCGGCCACUCUCUGUUCGCGAAUGCGAUCUCCACCUCCGAUCUCCUCUUCGACGUCCUCUCCCUCCCUUCCCUCACUCUGUUGCCUCCUUCCGAUCCGGCACUCUUCGCCCUCGACAUGACCGAAUCGCCGGCAUUCUACCUCGCCGUUCUCCGCCUCCACGUCCUUCCGUUCCGCUUCGACCUCCGCUACCUACAGAACAACGCUUCGCUCCACACUCUGGUCCCCUCCCGCCGCCUUCACGCCACCAGAGCAGAUCGGCCCCCCGCCGCCUCCUCUCUUCAUCUUGACGGCGUGGAAGUACUCUUCCCGGCUCUUUUCUACUCCAGCAAUGUCGCCAUCUAUGGAUUGCAAGGUAUGCUUCCUUCUCGCGUCGUCUCUGUCCCAGCACCUCUUCCUCCGUUUCAGUGGUUCCGUCCUCCACCAGUUGCUCCUCGGCAACGAAAUCGAAAUCGGAAUCGGAAUCGGAAUGCGACGGUUAUUCUUCCGCUGGUUCCAACUACUAGGCCGGUUCCGUUUACUCGCCCGAUUUUCCCGCGACGAGGUCCGAGAUCGCGCGGAACGAAUUCUCCAUUGCCGGAUAGCAGAACGGUGGUUCUUUCUCCUCCUACUGCUCCUGUGAAUCUAACGGCUUCGCCAGAAUCAGCGCCGGGAGAUUCGGUUCUUGAUUUGCAUCCGUUUGGGCGCAAUCUAACUAUUCAUCCUCCUCCUGCUUCAGCGAAUCAGACGAGUCUUCUUCCUCCGGCCGAUCAGGGAGCCCCUGCUCUUCCCCCGCUUGCAUCUCCUGUCAACACAGCUGUUUCUUCUGCUCAUGAUAAUCUCGGCGGCGGCGGUAUUGCUUUUCCUCCAAUUGACGGGAGCAGUCCGACGCCUCAGACGAGUUUGCCUCCGGCCAUCGGCGGCAAUUUUCUUCCUCCGGAGCUAGAAGUUGACAAUCACACAGCUCGCGGCGGCGAUCUUGCUUUUCCUCCAAUUGAUGAGAGUAGCCCAACGGCUCAGAUGAGUUUUCCCCCAGCCAUCGGCGGCAAUUCUCUUCCUCCAGAGCUAGAAGUUGAUAAUCACACAGCUCGCGGCGGCGGUCUUGCUUUUCCUCCAACUGACGUAAGCAGCCCGACGGCUCAGAUGAGUUUGCCUCCGGCCAUCAGCGACAAUUCUCUUCCUCCAGAGCCAGAAGUUGAUAAUCACACCGCUCUUGGUAUCGCUCCGACUUCACCACCAUCUUCAGACGGCGCUUCGAUUGCUCUCGCUCCCAGUCCAGUGACCUUGACCGAAACUCUACCGCCGGCUAUUUGUCCUCCAGUUAAUCUGACCGAAGUGGCGGUUACGGUCCCGGCGAGUCAAUCUCCUCCAGAAUCGGCUGCAAGAGCAUCGCCAUCUCCAGGCGUCGAAGACGGUGGUUGGCCGGGACGCAACGUUGGCGAAGCCACCACCUCCGGCGACGACUAUCCGGCUGCGAAGCGAGAUGACGAGGAUUGGGAAGUGUCGGCCGGGGAAUUGGCGGAGGUCGCCCUCGGACCGGCGUGGGACCACGUCAGCACUCGGGACGAUUACGCGAUGCUGGGCCCCAACGGAGUGGACUAUGGUACUGAUUGA